AGUCAGCUGUGCACAUGCUGCUGUGUGGCAACGCCAAUAUGGCAAUUUGGCAGUGAGAGAAAAUAACAAAAGCGCGACAGCUGUGAUUAAAUGCCAAAUGCAUAAAAGUAAUAUCAAAAGUGACUUAACAUUCCCAAUUGCUCCGCCAAAGACAACAAAUUAGAAUACAACCGCGAGCAACAACGAUGAACAAGUGCUGCAUACAAACAACGACUCAGCAGCAGGCCACGAUUACACAGUCAUUCAACAUUGUUAACAUGCUGCCCCACACCAACAACACGAACAACAACAACAAUAACAAUAAUUGUAAAGCACAUUGCAAUGGCAGCAACAAAAAAUGCAAUACACAGUAUGUAACAGUGUCGCCAGAAGAUCGGAAACACAUCGAACAACGUGUGCAAACCGCUUACGAAUUCUUUGAGAAAACAUUGCAAAUAUAUCGCGUGGAUGAAUUGAUAUUCUGCUUUAAUGGCGGCAAGGAUUGCACCGUCUUAUUAGAUGUUCUAAUGCGCUAUUGUCGCACCCAAAACAUUGCCAGCCAACAUAUUCCCAUGCUCUACAUUGAAUCGGACGAUUCGUUUCCCGAAAUCGAUGAAUUCGUCGCCCGCUGUGUUGAGUUGUAUGACGUCAAACUGAUCAAGUACAAGGAUUCGCUGAAGCAGGCGCUCACACACAUGACCGAGGAUAUGCCGCUGAUUAAAGCUGUAUUUGUGGGCAGCCGCAACACGGAUCCGCAUUGUGAGCAACUUCAGCCUAUGCAGAAAACAGAUAGCGAUUGGCCGGACAUGAUGCGACUAAAUCCACUGCUCGAAUGGACCUAUCACGAUAUUUGGCACUAUAUACACCUACAUGGGGUCCCCUAUUGUUCGCUCUAUGCCCAAGGCUACACAUCCAUUGGCUACAAAUCGAACACAUUGCCCAAUCCGCAUUUGAAGCGCUGCUCAGACCCAAAUGCUGUGCCAGCGACGUCUUGCUAUCGUCCCGCAUGGGAGUUGGCUGAUCCCACACAGGAACGCGCUGGUCGCCUGUCCAGAAAAUGAUAAAUCACACACCCAACCAUCUCUCACUCAACAACAAAUCUAGCGAAAUUUCUAUAAAACAAAACAAACAACCAACCAACUAGCUAAUUUUUGUAAUUGUAAAUGUUAAAGCAAGUAAGCUGAAUACUUAUUGUAUGUAUAUUUUAUAACCUUUCUUUGUACAUAACACAAACACAUACGCUGUGUUUUCAACUCUCUCACACAUAACCACAAAUAUAUAUAUACUUUAUAUAUAUAGAUAUAUAUACAGAUGUAUUGUAUAACAUGUUUUUAUCAAGAAUUCACUCUACACACAAUUGUGAAAUGUGAGCUUAACAUGUAAAGCACAUUUCAGCUGUUAAGACAGCAACAUACAUACUUACCCGGUAUUCAAUAGUCUAGCUCAUUUGGUGCUUAUUACUUACCUCGUUUAGCAGUCGCAUCUUGGAGCGAUAUUCAAUAUAUUCUAGCUCAUUUGGUGCUAAUUACUUACCUCGUUUAACAUCUUAAAUUUAGAGCUAUUUAAUUGGCCGUUAAACGAAUUCUUUUUAAGAGUCUUCUUAACUAUAAACAUAUGCAUUAAAAUUAGUUAGAAUGAUGUAUGCAGUGCGGCAUAUUGGCGAAAAUGUGGUAGAAACAUAACUCGUUUAAUGGCCACAGCUAGGAGCUAAAGAACUGGCUGCUUAACGAAUGCUAUUAAAGUGUCUUCUCUGCUUUUUCUCCAUUGACUAUGAAAAUAUGUCCCAAAUGUUAAAAAAAAAUGUGCUAGACAAAUAACUCGUUUAACGGCCACAAGUUAGAGCGAUAAAACUGGCCUUUAAACGAAGUGUUUUCAAGUGUUUCUAUGCUAUCCGUUUCUGUGUGUCCAUUUACUAUGAAAAUAUGUACAAAAUGCACCAUAAAAAUGUGCUAGAAACAAAACUCGUUUAACGGCCACAACUAGGAAUGAACAAA